UGAAAAAAGCUGCGGCGGUGCGUCAUCAUCAACAACACAAUCUCGGCGACUUCUCUCUCGAUUCGAUCUGUCUUGGACGCACAACGUGUUUGGAGCACGUGCGCGCGAGGACUUUGAUGCAUAUAUACCUGAAGCGAUUAUCGCGGACGAGAGUAAUAUUAGCGAACAUUAGUCGCGUCGAUGAGAAAUUUCUUGCGGGAUGAUACGAGAGAUGCGGAGUGUCUUCGUUGAUGUCUGUGCGCGCAUCGAUAUGAAAGCAAGACAACAAUGAAGUUUGUGUGUAAAAAAUUUAAAAAGAAGAAUAUAUAAUCUACCACUACCCGAAUUCGCAGCUGAUAAUAGCAAGACACUGGUCUGCGCGAUGAUCGCUCGAGAAACGAGAGUCUGGUGGAAGCUUUUUCACUUCGACGACAAGAAAGGUAUCCUCGCAGGCUUGGCCGCUCAUUCCGGCCAGAUUUCCGUCGGAUUGUCUCAAGGAUAUAGCGCGAUCCUGAUACCGAAGCUGAUCGAGUCAAACUUCGCCGAUCAAUCACAGGCAUCAUGGGUCGCCUCCCUUGGCGUUGUCUCAAAUCCCCUUGGUGCCCUUGUCGCUGGACUCUGCGCCGAAUGUUUCGGCCGUAGAUUCGCGAUCGCUCUGGCCACGUUGCCGCACGUCGUCGGCUGGCUGCUAAUUGCGUUAUCGAGAAACUUACCAAUGUUAUACGCCGGCAGAUUCAUCAGCGGUAUCGGAACCGGCAUGGCCAAUGGACUCUAUCUCUACGUUAGCGAAACAGCAGCACCCGAUCAAAGAGCGUGGCUCGCGAGCUGCGGACCAGUUCUAGUCUCUUUGGGUGUUCUAAUGGUGUACAUUCUGGGUGCCAUCACGACGUGGCAAAAGGCGGCCGCCAUCAGCAUCGGACCCGCGAUCUUGUCGCUCGCGUUAAUACGGAUACUGCCGGAGACUCCUGCCUGGCUGAUCUCGCGGGGUCGAACAAACGAGGCCAAGGAGGUUCUUUUGUGGCUUCGAGGUCCCGGACUGAACGUCGACAAGGAGUAUCAGGAACUUUGCGAGGCAAACGCGAAGCGAAAAGAAAAGAAAGAGAGUCUACUGCGAGCACUGCAUAUGCCCAACAUCUGGAAACCGUUUCUGAUACUUCUCAUUUUUUUUGUGCUUCAACAACUCUCCGGUAUUUACGUGAUUCUCUUUUACGCCGUGAGCAUGCUCAAAGACACGGGCAUAGACGUGAACGAGUACGCCGCAAGUGUCGGCAUAGCUGUUAUCAGACUGUUUGCAUCGAUCUUUGGCGCUGCGUUGGCCAAUCACUUCGGCAGAAAGUCUUUGACUUUUGCCAGUAGUUUCACAAUGGCCGUCGCGGCCAGCGGGAUCGCUCUUUCCUUCAGGUUUGAUCUUCCAUCGUGGAUGUUGUUACUUUGCAUCGGCAUCCACGUAGGCGCAUCUAUGAUCGGUUUCCUCACGUUACCAUGGGUGAUGACUUCGGAAUUAUAUCCGCUGAGGUUUAGAGGUGGCUUAGGUGGUCUCACGACCGGUAUUGUGCAAAUACUGACAUUUGCCACGAUCAAAACGUAUCCAGAUCUGAACGCCGUGAUCGGUCUGGAAUUUACGAUGUGGAUAUUCGGCAUAGCCGGUCUGUUAGGCGCUAUCUUUGCGCUGACGAUAUUGCCGGAGACACGGGGACGCAGUCUUGAUGAGAUCGAGAUGAAGUUCUCCAAGAAGAAAUCAGACAGCACUUCGACAAACGCUUGCCAGAUUUUCACCACCGUGUGGUCUCAGCCGAAAGAUGUCAGUCUUCAGCGAUUCGUGUCGAUUUCAGAAGAGAAGCAGCCGAACAUCGUAGCGAACGCUUACGCUUACGUCAACAUUUGUCUGGAGUUAUCGCCGGAGAACCUGGAGAAAAAUACCAAAGAUUCCGAGACGGAACCUUAUUCACUUCAGGUUUAACGAGAGUUAAUGUAUUCGAAUACAUGUGUUUUAGAAGUAUGAAAGGAUUUUGAUUUAAACACAUGUUUUGCGAAAAAUGUACAUAUAUAUAUAAUAAUAAUUGUUGCUUUAUAUAUAUAUAUAUAUAAAGCAACAAUUGAUUAAAAAUACGUUACUAUCGCCAAACGUUCCUUCAGUAUU